AUGCAGCCAGGAAGGCCCCCGCCCGCUAGGGCCCAGGCCGGUGGCUUUUCCCCUUUGCAGCCGCGACCGCCAUCGUCGACCUCGUCGUCAGAUCUCUCGUCGCGAUCGAGAGCGCGGAGAGCCGAGUCCACGACGAGCGAAGACUCGACCAGCCCCAUAUCAUCCCUGUUUCGAUCCAGCCGAGGCCCGCCCUCACAGCCGCAACAGCAGCAGCAGCAGCAGCAACGACCCCCGACACCGCAGAGUUCGACCCCGAUAUACGCGAGCUUCACCUCCCAAGGCCCCAGCUCGAGCACCACGAGCCUCCAUAGCAACUUCUCGCGCCCCAGCGUCCUGUCGCCCACGGCCGCCGCCGCCGCCGCUGCCCGGUCCGUCGCCGCCGCCGCCGCCAGCCAUGACCUGUCGAGAGGCACGUCGCCCCUGACCCUCCCGCCCGCCGUCGGCAGCAGCAGCAACAGCGGCGCAAAUACUCCCGCGGCGAGCACCGGAAGGCUGUCCUCGUACCAGCUGGCCUCCCGGAAGCACGCGCACACCGCGCCGGGCAUGUUCGAGGCCACCCUGCCCUCCACCUCGACCAACAACCUCCCCCACAUCGUCAACAACAUGGCGUCGCCGCAGCCGGCUCCGGCCCACCGCGAGCUCAGCGCGAGCCACAUCGCCGCGCAGGCCGCCGUGUUGCAGCACCAGCAGCAACAGCAACAGCCCCAGAGCCAACAACAACCACAGUUUCAAAUUCCGCAACAACAACAGCAGCAGCAGCAAUAUGUGCAGCAGCAACACAACCGCCAAAGGUCGCAGACGGUGCCGGCCCUCUUCGGCGAAGACCAUGCAUACCAGCUCCCUAACCCCAAGCGCGGCAGCGGAGGCCCCCUGAGCCCUCCGAUGCUGAGCCUUACCGAGGCCAGCGCCCCGCAAGAGAACAUGUUCGGCAGCAGCUACCACAGCGGCACGCCGCAGACGCAGAAGCAGACGCACUCGCCCGCCGCCCAGGCCGCCGCAAACGUCGUGUUCCCUCGCGUCACACAACACUCGUCUACCCCGGCCCAGGCCCCUCAACCUGCGCCCCAACCUCCGCCGCCCGCUCCGCCGCUGCCGCCAAAGUCCAAGGUCAAGCUGUUCUCGAGGCCCGGCAAGAUAUACACCAAAUCCGAAACCAAGGAGAAGCCCCAGCCCAGCCCCUCGAAGAUAGGGUCGGCGUUGUCGUCGCUGCAACGGGGCAACUUCAGCACCACCAGUCUCGACUCGACGGCUAAUUCCUUCUACAGCCUCGCGAACUCGUCCUCGGCCACGAUCAGGGCUGCCGACGCGCAGCCCGAGGGUGGCGAGAAGGACAAGGAGAAGAAGCACCACUUCCUGUCACGGCAGAAGAAUAAGCUGAAGGACAAGUCGGAGGAGUACCACCUGCCCCUCUCUUCGGCCCGCAGCAAUUCACGGCCGACGGACCCAAGCGCCCCGAGCAGCCUCUACAGCUUCAACGUCCCCGCCAGCCCCGGCCCGAGCUCGACGACGUUCAAGAGCAUGAGCGGCCUAGACCUGAGACACGGCGGGCGGGCGCUACGGGAGAAACGCAAGGAGGAGCAGAACGCCGAGUCAAGCCUCUCCCUACCGGCAGCCGAGUGGGCUGGCCCGGGCAGCCUGGGGCCAGCGGGGCAGUCAAGCCUGUACCUCCACGACUCGGUCGACUCGGGCAAGCUCGGCCUCAACAGCAUCGGUAUGGACGACGCCUGGCCGUACCUGAGGGCCAAGCUGCUCGUCAUCUUCGAGGGCGAGGACCUGCGCCCGCCUAUCGAGGACCUCAACCGCGUCGUCACCAUGCACAUCCAGUACACCAUCGCGAAGCGGCUGCCCAACCUCAUCGUCGAAGACGUGCGCGACCUGCUAGCUACGGGCUUUAGCUCCCUGGACCAGGCCCUCAGGGUAACGGCCGAGGAGACACUCGUGCCGGCCCUGGUGGAGCUCUGGAUCUUCACAUUCACCACGGUCCUGCCCUACAUGCAGGCCGUCUUCCUGCCUCUGGACCUGGAGCUCGCGGGGGCCGGUUCGCUCAUGAGCGCCGAGCAGGCCCGCGACUUUUGGGGAGGCGUCCUGGCAAGGCCGCAGGGGGAGCUCGGCGCCUCGGAGAAGAGCCCGGUCACGGUCUCGCCCGCGUCGACGGUCCUGGACAUCCGGCGCAUGGUGCUCACGUCGUUCCGCGACCGCGUCAUCCUGCCGCGCUAUGACACGCUCAAGGCCAUGUUCUCGCGCCUCUCGCUCGAGUUCCUGCCGCAGUCGCUCGCCUCCAUGGCGCUGGCGUCGCCCAUGCCGAUCCCCAGGUCGGACUCGACGGGCGGCGGCGGGUUCGGCAGCGGGUUCGGCGGCGGGUUCGGCGGCGGAUUCGGCGGCAGCAGCAGCAGCCAGACGGCGCACUUCUCGACGUCGCCGUCGGCCGAGUCGACGGGCUCCUUCUCGCUCAACAGCGUGUCCCAGUCGUCGUACCUGCCCCGCCCCGGCACCGCCAUGUCGCUCGACCCGGCCAUGGCCAGCUAUAACAGCACCGGCUCGACCCUGCUCGGCGACGUCGGGUCCGCCACGAUCGGCGGGGGCGGCCCAGGGGUCGGCGUCGGCGCCGGCAUGGGCAGCAGCGGCAACCGCAGCCGCGGCAUUAGCAACGCCUCGCACGGCAGCGACGGCGCCGGCGGCAGCCUCCUGCGCCCCUUCACCCCGAGCAGCCUGCAGAUGCGGUCGGGCGGCGUCGGCGGCUUCGGCGCCGGCGGCCCGGGCGCCAGCGGCCUGGCGGCCAGCCUGGGCAGCCUGCGCGAGCAGAACGCCGAAGACAGCAAGCAGGUGACCGAGAUGGUCGGCCGCAUGCUGCAGUGCAUGAGCGUGCUCUCGGGCAUCGGCCCCGUCUGGGCCGCCGACGCCGCCGGCGACGACGGCGGCGGCGACGAGCGCACGUCGGAGCUCUGCCGCCUGCUCAAGCUCAACUGGCUCGGCCGCGGCCGCACCGGCAGGAACAGGCGCGGUAUGGUCGGCGGCCGCGCGCGCCGCGGCGGCGACUUUUUGGGCGGCUUUGGCGGCGUGGGCGGCGCCGGUAGCAGUGUUGCCUUUAGCUCCACCGGCACCGUCAGGGAGGAGGUCAGCGUGCCUUAGAAAGGCCGCGCUGACCCGGUCCCUGCACAGCCGUCGUGGUCGAGCUGUGCUGUGAGCUGAAAGUGGGGGGAGCAUGGUUUUUUACUAUUUGGCUUUGUCGGGGGUUCUUCUUUCUUUUACUCGGGCUGCUUAUGACUUCAUUCUCGUUUGGGAAUCUCGGACAGGGAUUCGGCUGGCGUUACUCGGGCGCAUUCAAUACAGGAAGGACUACUACUCUUGUUUCCGCACUUGGUUUCUUUACCUUGGCGACGAGCUGGCGGCAUGAUCUUACGGGUCUUUGCCCGGUGGCGAAUGUGGUGGUAACAUAGGGCUAGAUAUAUCAACAGCGGCAGAUUUACAGAUCCUGCAAGAGACAAGUGACAAUCCCCUACAUCCAGUCGCAGUGAGAAGAGGAAAUUGAG